GUAUCUGGAGCGCAUGUCGCGGACUCUGUCUAAUGAAGAGUUCGUUAUGUUGCAGCAGGCGCUGGGCUUAACGUUUGCUAGGCGAGGCUUACUGCUCGAUAGAGCCUUAGACAGGCUGAUCAACCCAACAGAGGUGUUUAUGCAUGACUACAUGCACGCGCUGUUCGUCGACGGUGUUGUGAAUCUCGUGACCUACCUAACUUUCGAAGAGUUCAUAUCUGCUGUGCUUAAUGGCGUGUGGGAGUCAUUCUCUGGCUUCUUGGCAACUUGGGUGUUCCCUGGAAGGCUAUUGAACUGCUUCGUCCUGGAGAGGAAGCAUAGAAUGCCAAAGAGAUACGCCACCGAGCUGGCGAACAUCUCUGGGUCAGCCAGCAAGUCGUUGCUGAGCGAAUGCGUUGCCCAUCACCUGUCAGCAAUAAAGAGCCACAGCUUCAAUUAUGACGUCGGCUUGUUGCAGGGCCGCAGGGCACCCAAGAAGAGCAGGCAGCUGAUCUUGGACGCAUUGGAUUUGGAAGGUGAUGAUAUCCCAGUGAAUGUAGGUAAAGAUUCUCGCUUCAGCCAGCUCGGCUUAUGCACGCAAGGGGACGUUGUGCUUUUGAACGGCUCCGAUGACAUACUUGCCGCCCGCGUGAAGUUGCAUUUCGAGGUCAGUGGAGAAGCUGUUUCUAUGAUGGAGGUUAUGGAACUUUCUCGGCGCAUCCCUGGUACUGCAAAGGCAGUGUGGAAACUUUCUGAGACUCCAGUGGAGUGCUGGGAGACCAAAGCUAUUUUGGCUGCAGUAGAACACUGCGUGUACGCAGACGGCACCGUCGGCACUAUCCUGCCAUUGGAGUUUUCAUGA